AUGACAAAGCAAUUAACAAAUGGAAUAGAGCAUAUAGAACCACUUGCGAUAGUUGGUAUUGGAUUAAGACUUCCAAUGGAAAGCAAUAACGUUGAAGAAUUUUGGAAUAAUUUAGUAAACGGAACGGAUGGAAUUAUAACAGUACCUAAAGACAGAUGGAAUUCUGAUUAUUUUACUGAUAAGGAUUUAAAUAAAGCUGGGAAGAUAAGAAAUAGUUCAGGUGGCUUUAUUAAGAAUAUAGAUGCUUUUGACAAUGAAUUUUUCAAUCUUUCUCCUAAUCUGUGCCAUCAAAUGGAUCCUCAACAGCGAUUAUUAUUAGAAGUUACGUUUGAAGCCUUCGAAGACGCAGGCUUAAGAUUAAAAGAUGUUUCGGGUAGCGAAACAAGUGUUUAUGUUGGUAGUUUUCAUUAUGAUUAUUAUGUAAUGUGCUUACGAGACUCUGCUCGCGAUCAAGUUGGAUCUCUAGCAGCAGUGGGAGCUACUUUAGCCGCAUUAUCAAAUCGAAUUUCUUACCAUUUUAAUUUAAAAGGACCUACAGCUACUAUUGAUACAGCAUGUUCAGCUUCAUUAGUUGGAUUUCAUCAUGCUUGUCAAAGUAUUUGGAAUGGUGAAGCAGAAAUGGCGAUUUCUGGUGGUGUUAAUGCUAUUUUACGUCCUGAGACCUCAAUAAUGCUUUCCAAAGGAGGAUUCUUAGGUCCAUCAGGUUUAUGUAAAGCAUUUGACUCAUCUGCUGAUGGCUAUGUCAGAGGUGAAGGAGCUGCAGUUGUAAUCAUUAAAUCAUUAAAAAGAGCGUUAGAAAAUAAAGAUAAAAUUUAUGCGCUAGUGGAAGGAACAGCAAUUAAUCACGAUGGAUUUAACGUUGAAGGAUAUACUGUUCCGAGUGCAAAAGGUCAAGCAAAGUUAUUAUCCUCGCUUUAUAGUAAAACAGGCAUAAGUCCGAGUGAAGUCGAUUAUAUUGAAUGUCAUGGAACUGGCACAAAAGUUGGGGAUCCAGUUGAAGUAGCAGCUUUAAGUCAAGUUAUUGGAAAGAAUAGAAUUAAUGAUUGUUAUAUGGGAUCAGUUAAAACAAAUAUUGGUCAUUUGGAAGGUGGUGCAGGAGUUGCUGGUUUAAUUAAAACUGCUCUGAUUUUAAAGAAUAAAAAAAUUCCACCGAAUUUGCAUUAUAGUAAUCCAAGAACAGAUAUUCAAUUGCAAGAAAAUCAUUUUGUAGUACCAACACAGGUUAUUCAAUUAGAUAAAAAAGAUAAUAAACCUAUUCUAGCUGGAGUUAAUUCAUUUGGAGCUGGAGGUGCAAAUGCUCAUGUCAUUUUGUCUGAAUUUAUUCCUGAUAAACAUACUAAGAAAGAUGAAGAAACAAAGGUUAAUUUAAAUCGAAUUUGUUUAUUAUUUUUACUGAGUACAAAAUCUGAAUCAGCUUUAAGAUCAACAGCAAUGAAAUAUGUUCAAUAUUUAAAACAAACUUCAAAUAAUAUAACUGAUAUUUGUUAUACAUUAAUGAAAAGGAGAAGUAUUCUAUCCAAUCAAUUACUAAUUACAGCUUACUCAAAAGAUGAAAUAAUUGAUCUAUUACACAAAUAUGUUCAAGGAAAACAACAUCCACAAAUAUAUACGAGACAAAUCCUUUCUUCUAAUAAUAAUAAUAAUUCACAAGGUAAAUUAGCGUUUGUUUAUUCCGGUCAAGGCGGCCAAUGGAUUGAAAUGGGUAAACAAUUAAUGGCUGAAAUUCCAUUAUUUAAAGCGAAAAUGAUUGAAAUUGAUAAUAAAUUCAAAUUAAUAGCUGGCUGGUCAUUUAUGGAUGAAUUAAAUAAUUCUAAUGAAUUAACUUCAAGGAUAAAUGAAACUGAUGUUGUUCAGCCAGUUACAAUGGCUCUUCAAAUUGCAUUAACACAUGUAUGGAAAGAAUACUUUGGCAUAGAACCUGAUGGAGUUAUUGGUCAUUCAGUUGGAGAAGUUGCUGCAGCUUAUAUCUCAGGUUCAAUUGAUAUUGAUACAGCUGUUUCUAUUAUAUAUCACCGCUCAUCAAUUCAACAUAAAGUAUCUGGUAAAGGUAAAAUGUUAGCUGUUGGUAUUAACGAAAUUGAAGCAAAUAAACUAAUAGAAAGAUUUGAUAAUGAAAUAUCUAUUGCUACCAUGAAUGGGCCAAGAAUGCUAACAAUUGCAGGUGAUUCAGAUAUUUUAGAUAUUAUUGCUAAAGAAUUAGAAUUAAAACAUUUAUUUAACGCAUUUGUUAAGGUUGAAGUACCUUAUCAUACUAGUAUUAUGGAAGAAAUUGAAGAAGAGAUGAUUAAAGCGUUGGAAAAUAUCAAAACAAAUAAAUCAAAUAUUGAGUUUUAUUCAUCAGUGACUGCUGCUAAAUCAAACGGACUUGAUUUAAAUGGAAAGUAUUGGUAUGAAAAUGUUAGAAAGCCUGUUCUCUUUGUUCAGACUAUCCAGGAGAUGAUAAACAACGGGUAUAAACAAUUUAUAGAAAUCGGACCUCAUCCAUUGCUGGUUUCAGGUAUUAAGCAAUUAUUCGGUGAUUUAAAUAUAAAUGACAGUUUAGCUAUUAGUUCAAUCAAACGCAAAUAUGAAACAUGUCAAUUAUUUCAAAAUUUGGGAAUUUAUUUUAUUCAUAAUACGAUAAAUAAUUUAAAUACUACUGAUUUAGCGCUUCACUUUCAAAAUUUAUUACCGAAUGCAAAGUUUGUGUUUGAUUUACCGCAUUAUACAUGGCAACACAAAAAGUUCUUGUUGGAAACGAAUGAUGAAAAACAAGAACGAUUAGGAUUUAAAUAUAAUGGAGGUCACCCGUUUUUACGUCAUGAUUAUAAGUUUUAUUCAAUCGAAAGACAUCAAAUUUGGGAAGCAAAUGUUAAUAUUAGUAAUGCAACUUAUUUAACUGAUCAUGUUGUUAGUAAUGCUGUUGUAUUUCCAGCCGUUGGAUAUAUUGAAUUAGCCUAUGCUGUUGGAAAACAACAACAGCAAGAGCAAGUUGUCAAUAAUGUGAAUGGAUCGGGUUAUUUUAUAGAAGGAAUAAUAUUUGAAACUGCAUUGAUUUUACCGACAGAAACGUUAGAAUCAAUUGUUACACGAUUAGAAAUGAUAUCAUCUGAAGGAGAUUUUAUUAUAUAUACAAAAUCUCAACAACAAGAGAAUUCUAUUUGGAAUAGACAUAGUAGUGGUAAAAUAAAUUUAAUGGAUCAGUUUAAAGUUACAAAACGACCAGAAUUUCAUGAUAUUGUAAGCGAAUUUGAUGAUCUCGAUUUAAUAGAUGUUGAAGAAUUUUAUUCAUUUAUGAAUGGUUGUGGUGUAUCUUAUGGUAAAUAUUUUCAGUGUAUUAAACAAUUAUGGUACCAUGAUUCAAACGUUUUAUCAAAAGUUACACUAUCGGAAGAUAUUGUUUAUGAAGCUAAACAGUAUUAUUUACAUCCUGCUUUAUUUGAUGCAGCACUUCAUGGUUUAUUCGUUGAAAAUAUGAAAAAUGGGAUUAAUGACUUGUAUUUGCCUCAUUCAUUAGAUAGAGUAAUUAUUCAUAAAGGUGGAUUUGCUACGGUUUAUGCUUAUGUCAAAGUCACUUAUUCUAGUGGAGAAUCCAUGACAGCAGAUGCAUGGAUUUAUAGUGAAGAUGAUGAACUGAUUGCUGAACUCUACGGAUUAACAACUAAAAACUUAUCGAAAGCUCCCUCAGACAAUGGUUUACAUGAUGUUUAUGAAUAUAAAUGGAUUCAAAAAUCAGUUCCGAUUGAAAAAGAUGCUGAAACUAUCACAACAGAAACAGUGAGACUGUUACCUAAUUUAAUAAUUGUUGUUGAUGAUAUGAAGAAUGUUAUUGCUCAACAAAUAUCAAAAAUUUUGUCAGCAGGUGCCAAUCAUAAAUCUUCUGAUAUUAAAAUUGUUAAUGAAUUAAACCAAUUGGAAGAUAUUACUAGAACCAAUCAACCCCCUGUAAUUGUCGUGUAUAUUCCUUCAUUAUGUACACAAGAUCAUCAAUCAUUGGAAUUGCAACAAAAAGCUUUGAAGUAUUUAAAUUUGGUAAAAUUAGUAGGAAAAAACAAAGAUAUUAAGCUUCGUUUAAUAACUCAUAAUUCCAGUAAUUCACUAAGAAAUGUAGAAGAAAGUGAGACAAAAGGAAAACCAAACGAAACAAAAUUAGAUCAUGUAUUAUUAUGUGGAAUGUGUCGGGUCAUUCAAAAUGAAUAUCCAAACUUGAGUGUUAAAUUUAUCGAUAUUGAUGUAAAUGAUUCAAACUCAAUUGAUGUUACUUUUAAUGAUUUAUUUGAUAUUAAAUCUGAUUUACAAGAUAAUGAAAUAAUGUAUCGAGAUGGUAUUCGUUAUAUUAGAUGCCUUGUUCGUUUAGAAAAUGAAAAAAUCGAUAAAUUAUUAACCAAACAAUUAAAUGCAGUAGGAAGUUAUUAUAAUCUUGAGCUAAAGGAAAAAGGAAUAUUAGAUUCGUUAGGAUUUCGACAAGUAAUACCAAAAACUUUACGAUCAAAUGAAAUUGAAAUUGAAGUUUAUGCUGCGGGAAUUAAUUUUAAAGAUAUUAUGAAUGUUAUGGGACUAUUAUCAGAGAAAGCUGUUAAAGGAUCUAUGGCAGGAAAUGCUAUCGGUUUGGAAGUUAGUGGAAUUGUAACAGCAAAAGGUUCAAAUGUAAACAAUUUUGAAAUCGGUGAUCAAGUUAUUGCUGGCGUAGCUAAUGGAUUUAGUGGUCGAGUUACUACUCCGCACACAAGUUGUAUGAAGAAACCAAAAUUUUUAAGUCAUGUUCAAGGUGCAACAAUACCAAUUGUAUACAUGACCGCUUAUUACGGUUUAAAAUAUUUAGCUCGAAUUACAAAUGAAGAUACCGUUCUUAUUCAUUCAGCUGCUGGUGGAGUAGGAAUUGCUUGUAUUAAUGUUGCAAAAUAUUUUGGAGCGAAAAUCAUCGCCACCGUUGGUUCAAAAUCGAGACGUGAAUUUCUUGAAAAGGAACUUGAUAUUGAUCCAAAAUAUAUUUUUGAUUCACAUUCAAUCCGCUUUUAUGAUGAUAUUAUGAAUAUUACCAAUGGUCAAGGUGUUGAUAUUAUUAUGAAUUCUCUUUCAGGAAUUUUUAUGGAUCAAAGUAUAAAAUGUUUAAGCUCAUUUGGAAGAUUUAUUGAAAUUGGCAAAGUUGAUAUUUAUAAGAAUAAACCAUUAUGCUUAGAACGAUUUGGUAAUAAUAUUUCCUAUUUUGUUGAAGAUAUUGAUCGUUUAAGUAAUCAAAAACCGAAAUUACAUAAACAAUUGAUGAAUGAAUUAGAAAUUCUUUUUGAACAAGGUCAUCUAAAACCAAUUCAAUUCUCAGAAUAUCCGAUUAGUCAAAUAUCUUCAGCAUUUAAAUGUAUGACGAAAAAUGAGCAUAUUGGUAAAUUAGUUGUUAACAUGGAAAACCAAAUUUUAACAGUCUUACCACAUAGGGAACUAACAUUAUCAAAUGGUGGAGUAUUUAUUAUUACUGGAGGUACAAGUGGUCUUGGAUUAAUGAUGGCUAAAUGGGUUGCAGCAAAAGGAGUAGAUAAAUUAGUAUUAGUUAGUAGAAAUGGAAUUAAAUUAGCAAGGGAUCAACAAGUUAUUGAUGAAUUGAAGUCCAAAGGAGUCAUAGUCGAUAUAAAGAAAAUUGAUAUUAAAUCGAUCGAAGAAUUGGAAAGGUUAUUUUUGGAUGUGAAUAAAAGUUUGGGAGUUAUACGAGGAAUUAUUCAUAGUGCAGCGACGCUCCAUGAUGCUUCAAUCAAAGAAAUGGAUGACGAACAUUUUCUUGAUGUUAUUCAAUCAAAAGCAAUUGGAGCGCUAAACCUACAUAAUGCAUCAUUAAAAUAUUCCGGUACAAUUCAAUAUUUUAUUAUGUUUUCCUCAAUUUCAGCAGCAAUUGGAGGCUCCGGCCAAAUUAACUAUGCAGCUGCUAAUUAUUUCCUAGAUGUACUUGCUGAAUAUCGACAUCAAAUUAAUUUACCAGCUACAUCCGUUAAUUUGGGUUUGUUAGGUGAAUAUUCGGGAAUGUUGAACAGUCGAAACGAUAAACAAAGAGUUGGAAAUAUUUUAAUAAAUCAAGGAAUUCUGAAAAUGCCACUGCAUACAAUACAAAAUCAAUUAGAAUUGGCGAUUCUUCAUAAAUGUCCAUCACGAAUUAUUGCAACUUUAGAUUGGAAUAGCUUGAAACAGUCAUUUCCUGCCAUUACUACAGAUACAAGAUUCUCUGAUAUUGUGAACAAUAUAGCAAAUCGUAAAACUAACUCAUAUAAAGGAUUAAGAGAUAAAAUUAUUGAAUCAAAAGAUGCUUCAGAAGCUGUUGAAACUUUAAAACAAGAAAUUUGUUUAAUAUUCUCAAAGAUUUUGAGUUUAUCAGGAAGUAACGUAGCUGUGAAUCAACCAAUGGAUAAAAUGGGAUUCGACUCUUUAUCUUACACACAAGUAAGAACAUGGUUACUUAAAAAUGUUGGUAUUAAUUACCCAGUUAUUAAACUAAUGAAAAGCUCUUCAAUUCAAAGCCUUGCAGAAGAAUUAGUUAAAAUUAUCAAAUUCUCCGUAGACUCACCAGAAUCUCAGAUCAGUAUUAAGAAUCAAACUUUGGAAACGAGACAUUCUCAAUACGAAACUAAAUCUCAAAGUGCUAACAGUGCUCAAACACAUCCAAUUCCAGCGCCAAUAAGUCAAGUGACAAAACCUUCAAUGUCAAUUUUGAGCCAAAAAACAGCAAAUAAUCUGACUACAAGUGCUCAUAAACUUUCAAAAUUAGACGAUGUGGUUCAUCAUGAUAUCAAUACUUUCAACAACGAAAUUAAAUCAACAAAUCCAAGCCAAAUCCAAGAAGCAUCGUUUCGAAUCCCUCGAUCUUCGCUAUCACUGAACAAUGCUCACAUUCUUGGCAUUGGAACGUCAAAUCCUGCUAUAAUAAAUUACACAAAAGAAGUCUUUGAAAAUAUCAAACCAGAAUAUGAAAGAUUAGGAAUUUCCCAAUCUGAUUUAACCAAACUAACAAGUUUCUAUGGAAAUUGUGGAAUCGAAAAGAAAUAUUGCCAUGCAGAUUUCUCCAAGAAAAGUUUUACUGAGAAUAUAGAAGAAGAAUAUUUUAAUGAAAAGUAUAAACGAAUCGCACCUGAAUUGUCUUUUACAGCAGCUGCUAAAGCUAUUAAAGAAUGGGGAGGAAAUGUUAAAACAAUAACUCAUGUUAUAUCCUGUAGUUGUACCGGUAUUCUCAUACCUGAUCUUAACUUUUUAUUAAUUAAACAAUUAGGAUUAAAUAAUACAGUCGAAAGAAUAUCGGUAAAUAUGAUGGGUUGCUUUGGUGGUCUUACAACACUCAAAACAGCCAAAGCUUUAGCUCUUCAAAAUCCCAAGUAUAGAGUUUUAAUGGUUUGCACAGAGAUUAGUUCGAUACAUUAUCGACCACUGCUGAAUAUUGAUUUAAUGUUAGCCUGCGCUUUAUUUGGUGAUGGAUCAGCUGCAAUGAUUAUCGGAUGUAAUCCAACUGAAAAUGAAAAGCGACUUUAUGAAAUACUUCAGACAGGAGCAGAACAUAUACCUGAUUCAACAGAACUAAUGAGCUGGGAUUUAAAUAAUAGUGGUUGGAUUAUUGGUUUAAGUCCUUCAAUACCGCUGAUUAUUGGUGAUACAACCUUUGAUAUAGUUCAGAAUUUCUUAAAGAAUUCUGUUCCACUUUCAGUUUCAUUAGAUGAUUGUGAGUGGCUAAUUCAUCCAGGAGGGAAGAAUAUUUUAUUAAAUUUACAAGAUGCUUUAAACAUUCCCCAUCAUAAGAAUAUUUCAUCGUGGAACGUAUUACAAGAUUAUGGAAACAUGUCAAGUGCAACAAUUUUAUUUGUUAUGGACGAUGCAAGGAAACAGCCUCCAAAAGACGAAUUUAGUAUAUCAUUAGCAUUUGGACCAGGUUUAUCUGUUGAAAUUGCGUUACUCAGAAAAUUGUGAUACAGCUAAAAUAACGAAUUAAAGGCUACUAAAGGGUUUAAAGUACAUAAUUCUGUUUUGUGCUUUGAAUCAAAUGCCGUACGAAAUUAACGUACUAACUAUCUGUUCUGAAUUUCACGUUUUAACCGAUAUAAUCAAUUAUUGUACAAAACUGAUUCUUCACUUUUUUGACUUUCUGACCAGUUAAGUUUCCAUCUAUCGUUUUAAAUAAAGUGUGACGUUCAUCCCAAUGUUUCUAGAUUUAUAUUAUCAAUAAGACAGAACUCAUGAUCACAUUUCGAGACCACUAAUAAUGCUAUAAAAUAUUCUUUUUAUCCGUUUCAUCGCUUUCAUACUUUGAUGAAAAGAAUUAACUAUUGAACCUAUUGAUUUCUAGGCGAUGGCCAAGAAAUGAUCACAUUUUCAAAAAGGGUUGCUGUGAAGAUAACAGACAUCGACUAAACCGCCCAAGCACGAAAAAAAAUCAUGAAGCGGGCGCUGCAUCUAGAUUAAAAGGUACAUUUAUCUAGCUUCAGCUAGCUGUACAGAAAUACAUGAAAAUUUUAUCUAGCUUCAGCUAGAUUGAAGCUAGU